CCAAUCUCUCUCUCUCUCUCUGGCAGACUUGGUUUACAUUUGGAGCACAACACAAACGAAAAAGAAAACGAACAGUUUUAUUGUUUUUAUUAUUUUUUUUAGAUUUUGCUCAAAUGUAAGAGUGGAGCUCUCCACAGAGCAAGAGGACCAAGUUUUUCUUCCGCCGUGCGAAGUGAAAUUCUGAGAGAUUCGGGUGGCGACCCGACCCGAGCACCCGAUGUCUUCCGGCUACAACAGUCCGGUUCGGAGCCCCGGGACUUCGAGGCUUCAGUUGGGCGGAGGUGCAGGUGGAGGAGGAGGAGGAGGAGGAAUCUCCAGGUUGAGAUCUUCGUCGCUCAAGAAGCCGCCGGAGCCGCUGCGGCGAGCUGUGGCCGACUGCCUGUCCUCCUCCGCCACGGCUACCUCCCACCAUGGAACCACUUCCUCCACUGUGCUCCUCUCCGAAGCUUCUCGAAUUCUUCGGGACUAUCUGGCAGCCCCUUCGACGAUGGACUUGUCUUACAAUGUGAUUUUAGAACAUACCAUUGCCGAGAGGGAGCGAAGCCCAGCAGUUGUUGCAAGGUGUGUGGCACUUUUGAAACGCUACCUUCUAAGGUACAAACCUAGUGAAGAGACAUUACUGCAGAUAGAUCGCUUUUGUGUAAACACCAUUGUUGAAUGCGACAUUGGUCCAAACCGGAGAUUGUCUCCACGGUCGCAAUCGUUUGGAUCAAUAACAUCAACAAUAUCAACGGCAUCUACAAAUGUAGUUCCUUUAUCUGUACCUAGUUUUGCGUCUGGGGCACUUGUGAAGUCAUUGAACUAUGUGAGGUCUCUUGUGUCUCAACAUCUUCCAAAGCGGUCAUUCCAUCCUGCUGCUUCCUCUGGAGCUCUUUCUGCAACAAGACAGUCUCUUCCGAGUUUGUCUUCUUUGUUGAGUAGGUCCUUUAAUUCACAACUAAGCCCUGCACAUAGUGGAGAACCUUUGGAGAGUAAAGAUGCCACAACCAUGUCUGUUUUGAACUUAUCAAACAUUGGAAAGGUUGAUGGAAUGGGAGAUGUUGAAUACUUUGCGCUUGACGUUUUCAAGUGGCGCUGGCUUGGGGAACAGCAGUCAUCAUCCUUAGGGACUGAAAGUGAUCGUGUUGUAAAUCCCCAAGAUACGAGAAUGCAUAGUCUUCUAGAAGUAGGUGCCGCAGCUCUACUUGUAGGAGAUAAGGAAUCUAAAAUGAAAGGUCAACCUUGGAAGUAUUUUGGAACUGCUGAUAUGCCUUAUCUUGAUCAACUGUUGCAACCUUCCCCAGUAACGGCGAUUACUGAUUCUGCUGCUGCCCGUUCCCAUUUGAGAGCAAUCACAGCUUCUAAGCGUACUAAAUCCGGCCCUCAUCAAAUAUGGGAUGAUUCUCCGGUGAGCACAUUUCGUCCUCGGGCUAAACCGCUAUUCCAGUAUCGUCACUACAGUGAACAACAACCCUUGCGGUUGAAUCCUGCUGAGGUUUGUGAGGUCAUUGCUGCAGUUUGCUCUGAGGCAUCUUUGCAGAAUGCUAAUGUGAGGACAGUAUCAUCUAGAUUAACUAAUAACUAUGGAAAGCCAUCUAUGGAUGCGGCAGUGAGCGUCCUUAUCAAACUUGUUAUUGACAUGUAUGUCUUGGAUUCCGGGACUGCUGCCCCUCUCACUCUGUCUAUGCUUAAGGAAAUGCUUAAUUCUCCAAGAGCAACAUGUAGGAAUCGUGCUUUUGACUUGAUUUUGAACCUUGGAGUUCAUGCUCAUUUAUUAGAGCCAAUGGUAACCGAUAACGAUUCCACGAUUGAAGAAGAGUAUUCUCAAGAAUCAUAUUUUGACAGUGAAUCUAUGCUUGCAACACAAGGAGUGAGAAGAUCAGAUUCUGUUAUGAUGGGCACUUCCUCAGCAAUUGAUAAUUUUGAAACUUGGAUUUUGAAUAUUUUGUAUGAGAUAUUGCUGUUUCUUGUUCAGAUAGAAGAGGAGGAAGAAUCUGUCUGGGCUUCUGCUCUUAGCUGUUUGCUAUAUUUUGUCUGUGAUAGAGGCAAAAUCUUGAGAAACCGGAUAAAUGGACUUGACAUAAGGGUUAUAAAGGCACUUCUAGAAAUUAGCAGGAAAAAUUCUUGGGCAGAAGUAGUUCAUUGCAAGCUUAUUAGCAUGUUAGCAAACAUGUUUUAUCAAGUACCUGAAGGAACCAACAAUGCUGUUUCAAGUACCCAAUUGUUUCUGGUGGAGCAAGUUGAUCUGAUUGGUGGAAUAGAGUUUAUUUUUGUUGAGUAUUCACUUGCAAAAUCAAGGGAGGAAAGGAGAAAUCUGUUUUUGGUUCUUUUGGACCAUGCUUUGCAUCAAAUAAAUGAAAUAUUCAUAGCUACUGGAGUCACUGAGUAUAGCGAUGACGAGAUUCAGCCUCUUGUUGCCCUUCUCAAUCGAGCUGAUGCGCCUGAAGCUUUCUAUAUAUCUGUUAAGCUUGGGUUGGUAGGCAUUGGGGAAAUUUUGAAGAGUUCUAUUUCAGAUGCAUUAUCUAGAUAUCCGAACAGUGAACGGCUCAAUAUGCUGUUGGACAGUGUAAUGGAGAAACUUGGUGCAACAGUAAGCUCAUUUACUCAUUUGGACACAGAGUUCUCACACAUGAUGCAGAUAACCAAAUCUUACAAGUCUCUGGAUAGCAUUGAAGGUGCCGUUCUGAGAAAUGGAGUUGGCAUGAAAGCAAAACUCUCAUGGGCUCUUUUACAUUCCCUUCUUCAUUCAGAAAGAAUUGCUUACCAUCGGAAUGCGUAUGUCUGGUUAAGUGACCUGCUUAUUGCAGAAAUUAGUGAGGAAGGGAAUUCAAGUAUUUUGUCAAAUAUAAAAAACAUGCAGCAGAAAAUUGCCCGUGCCGGUGUUCAUGAUUCUUCAGUUGCUUCAGAUGUUCCUUUGCCCAUUUGGCUUAUGUGUGGGCUUUUGAAGUCAAAGCACAACUCAAUCAGAUGGGGCUUUUUGUAUGUUCUUGAAAGGCUUCUUAUGAGGUGUAAGAUUUUGUUAAAUGAAAAUAAAGUCCAGAAACAUGGCAGUGAUAUUGGCAAUGUACGGAGAGAUAACCGUCUCGAGAAAGCUAGUGCAGUGAUAGACAUCAUGAGUAGUGCCUUGUCCUUGGUUUUUCAGAUCAAUGAAACAGAUCGCAUUAAUAUUUUGAAGAUGUGUGACAUUCUAUUCUCUCAAUUAUGCUUGAGAGCUCCAUCUGCAAAUACAACAAACUUUGGAGAUGAUGCACAGCUUGGUAGGGUUCUUAGACGGAUGGACGGAAAUAAAAUAGUUGACGAGAAAGAGAGUUCUCACCAGGAUGUUUGUAUGGAAGAAUCCAGUGGCAGAUCUGGCCUCGGAAAUAACAAUCCUCUAGAUCAUGAGACAGAAUCAAUGGCAGCACUUCUUCUCCGAGGACAGGCCAUAGUUCCCAUGCAGUUGGUCACACGAGUUCCAGCUGCAUUGUUUUAUUGGCCAUUGAUUCAACUUGCUGGUGCAGCAACAGACAACAUUGCGUUGGGUAUAGCUGUUGGAAGCAAAGGAAGAGGGAACCUUCCUGGUGCAACAUCUGAUAUACGGGCUACGCUUUUGUUACUUCUAAUUGGUAAAUGUACUGCAGAUCCUGCUACUUUCCAGGAAGUUGGCGGGGAAGAAUUUUUUAGUUAUAAAUUCAGGGAACUCUUGGAUGAUACAGACUCGAGGGUGGCAUAUUACUCAUCAGCUUUUCUUCUGAAGCGAAUGAUGUCAGAAAAACCUGAAAAGUACCAGCACAUGCUUCAGAAUCUUGUUGUUAGAGCUCAGCAGAGCAACAAUGAAAAGCUCUUGGAAAAUCCAUAUCUUCAGAUACGUGGCAUACUUCAGCUGGCAAACGAUCUUGGAACCGGGUUGUAAUCUGGUGAUGCAGAAUUGUAGAUGUUUCCCUAUACUUGUAGAACAAUGCUUCCAAGCACAGGCUCAUGCCAUCACAAUGACACAUAUGCUAAUCCUUGAACAGCACUAUUUGGCAAGUUUGAAAAACCUAUGUCUGGGAUUAUGCUUAAUUUUCAAAGCAUCCAUGAAAUUCUUGGGAAAAAUAGUAAAACAGAGGGUAGGAGAUGCAUUACAUGUUGGAUAAGGCUGAAAAGUCUUUCCUACCGAACACAGUGGGGACGUCAGCAAUCAGUUCCUUGUGGUUGUCCUUCUCAAAUGAUUAGAAAAUGGUGAGCCAGAUCGAGAUCUACUUCCCAUAUCUUCCUAUCCAUACUGUACAUUAUGUAUUGAACUGUUGGGGGACGCCUUUGUUUUGUAAAAUGCAUGAAGUUCAUGUUCAGCUGAAGGAUUAUGGCGGGGGCUCGUCAGAAAAGAAGAUACUUAGAGCACAAGUAGCUCUCAGAAAGUUUGGAAAUGUUUAAUUCUUCUUCUGCCUUUCGUUCUGCAACUGGAAGUUGCAAGGCACGGGCGUAGCAUGUAGACAUAUCUCGAGUUAUUGUGCAUUACAAUGCCAAGAGACCUUGUGGGAAACUUUCGGAGAAUAUAUUCUGUAGACUCCAGAUUUCCAUUUUCGUCCAAGCCUUCGUUAUAUUUAGUAAUUCCUGAAGGCGAUAUUGACAUACAUGGGCAGUGAAAGUUUUUUACAUUUGUUACUCAUAGAGCUUCGUCUUCCUGACAGCAACGCGAAGAGAAUUGAUCUUUGUAUGUUUAGUGGACAGAGUAUACCGAGGUAUUAGAGGGUAUUACCCGACUUUAUGCUUCUCUAAUUCCGUUAAUAGGGGCAACACAGGGGUGUCUGUUUUUUCAGGGCACCCCAAAGUGUGCCUGCGCUGAUUUUUGAGUCUCCAGGGUUUAUUUUCGACAUUGUAAAUAUGUGAAUUAUUUUCAAUUAUUUUCGUUUUGAUUC